GAUACAGAACUGGAACAACGAGUAGAAAAAAUUGAGCCGUCGAAGACCAACAAGCAACUCCUGCGCCUGGGAAGCGAUUUCGGUAACUGGAAUGGCGAUGACGUCAUAUCCGGUGGUUGUGCCCAUUCAUGAAAUUAGCCAUGAAUUACUUCCUGUUUGUAAGCAGCAUGUGUGUGUGUACAACUGACUGAGACGUUCAUGGACCUUCGCCGCUGUCGGCUUAACUCCACACCAAACUCACCGCCGACUCUCUUCAUAGUACCAACUCUUUACCAAUUCCAUUCUGCUUGUUUAUAUUGAACGAAAUGUCUGCAGGUAUUUCCAAAUAUAACAACCAAUAGUGAUGGAUGUAAUGCUUAAUGUUUAUCUGAAGGAGUAUGGCACACUUUCAUCAACGACAGGGACUCAUCGUACCGGUAGGUGUAUCCUAGGUGUGAAGCUAGUCCAGGGUUCUCCUACGAACCUUUGCUUGGGUGUGGUAUCCUUGCCAGAGUUUAUGCUGGCUGGCCACUCAGUGAAUAAUUUACGGACACAAUUGAGCCGACAGCUACAGAAAUAUUUGCCUUCCAAUUUUACUUUCCGCACCAGAAAAGGAUGGCCAGUAUUAAUUGAACAAGAAAAAGAUGUUCCUAUCGAAGAAAUCAUUUCAGAAGAUGCUUGUGUUUAUAUUGAAAGAUAUUUUGGGAUGCCCAGAAUUGGUAUAAUGACCCAGAAAGGUGAGGGUUUAGGUUACCUUUUGGCAGAAUACACUUUACCUUUAUUAAAACUCCGAGAUUUGCUAAUUGAACAGAGAAUAGUAAACAAUGUUUUACCAUUCCUUUUCUUGACCUCAAAUGGUUGGCCGGUCAGUUUUAUACAAGAACAGUUUCUGCAAGUGAUGGAUGUCCUCAACAACUCCUCAAUCUGUAUUAUGGACGACCCACCGACCAACUGUGCACUCUUAGAUAGCAUCAUGGACAAUUUACCCUCGCGCAAACGGAAACAUUCCAAAUCUGCUGAUAACAAUUGCGAAGAGAUUUCUGCCAAGUCUAUGAAUACAGUCACAACUGGAAAUGCCAAGCAAAUUCUUAUCAGUUAUGUCCGUGCUGAGGCUGCCCAAGUUGCUAUCAGCCUCAAACAAGAACUCACUGCACUCAACAUUAGCGUAUUUUUGGAUGUGGACGAGAUCAAGACUGGUGCUGAUUGGCAGGAUUCCUUAAACCAUGCAGUGAGCAACUGUGAAAUAUUUAUACCCCUCAUCACCCAACGUUAUGGUCUGACACGCUGGAGCAAUCGAGAGGUGAAACUUGCUGAUAUUUUAGGAAAAUUUAUGCUUCCUAUCAAUUUUUUAUCUGAGUGGCCGCCAAGUUGUCUGGCAAUUCAGUUGGCGACAACUCAGUAUAUUAAUGGAACUCGACAAUCAGCAUGUUCAGCUCUUUCACAUGAGGCUUUCCCAACUAUUUACCCAAAUCAAGACGGGAUCAGUGUUAAUACGAAAAUGAUAUCAAAAGAGAUUGCAGAACGUCUCACCACACUAAAACGGAACUCACUUACACGGAGGCCUACUUUGCAUCGAAGGGAGACAAAGAUCUAUAAUUGUGCCUUAGAACUACCGAUCUGUCAGGUGGGCUUAACUGAAGCUGAAGAAACCCAUCAGAAGUUAAUAGUAAUCACUCUACACCAAGAACAGUCGGAGUUUGGUCGCACUCUGCAGAAUUGGCUGGAGAAAGAAGGUUUAGAAGUAUGGCUUAGCACUGAACUUGACUCCAGUAGAUGCUGCCAACAAAACGGUUCCACUCCGAUCGAAGAUCUCCGCAAGUUCCAAGAAAAGGCAGAUGAAGCUGCUGCCAUUAUAUUUGUCCUGUCUGAUUCUUACGCUACAAGCAGGACGUGUAUGCAACAAGCAUUCUACUGUGAAAAUCGUAAAUGGAUGCUUGCCCUGAAAUAUGAGAAUUUUGAAAUGCCUUCCUGGAUGUGUAUGCUUAUUGGGAUGUUACCUUUCAGGGAUGUUUGGCAGUCGGAUUUCAAAGAACAGAUGAUGAAGUGGAUACAUAAAAUUCUUAAUCCUCAGACAAGAGUUUCCGUUGAUCAGGAAGGGGUCUGCGAAGCCAAAAUCAAAAGUAUUAUUCGAGAACUGAAAACGUCUUUUAUGUUGGAAAGAUGUAUUUAUAUUCUUGGCAAGACUGAAUUGACUGAAUUUGACAGAAAUAUUUGUAUGGCAAUUGGUAAAAGUCUUGCUACAGUUCCAAACAUCCAUCUUGUUUCCUCUGGCUGCUAUGGUGCUAGUCAAGUCAUCUGCCAAAGCUACCUUGAUUCUCUGUCAGACAUUCCUGGUCCAAAAGCUCAUGAUCCUGUCCUACAUAUUCUUCCAAAGACUGAUAAAGAGAACCAAAAUCAUCGUAUGAAACAGAAUCCCGAUGGUACCUUCCCUCCUCUAGAAUUUGGCAAAACAUUUUUUUAUGGUGACAACACCUGGCAACGCGACACCAUGAUGUCCCAUACUUUUGAACUUUGUAUCCUCUUUGAAGGUAGCAGCGAUGUCUCCUAUAUAACCCAGCAGUUUGUAUGGAACGAACACAUUGUUAUCCCAGUGAACUGCUACAGAAAUAAAGAAAUGUUGCUGGAGAAAAUAUUUGAGUGUCCUACUGGUGUCUUAGAAUCUGACUGGUAUUAUGUGACCGAAGACUGCAGCAACUAUUCAUUAGUCGGUGAGCGAUUGGCCAAGGUAGUCGACCAGCUCAUGAAUCCGUCUGUCGAAUGUGGUACACCUCCAUUGCGAGGUGCCAUGGCAAAGCAUCUGUCGAUGGUGGCCGACAUAAAACCGUUCAGCAAAAGCCGCACCUCGUUAAACCAGUUACAGUCAGAUGAACUCAGUAUGAUUCGAGCUGAUACAAUGGUCCUAACAAACAGUAGCAUGUUAUGAAUGAUUCCUUUGUCUGUCUGUUUGUCUUUGUCUGUCUGGGUGGAUGUAUGGGGCGAAGGAGGGAUGGGGGGAAACAUAUUUUUGUCCUUUUUUUUAUACUAUUUACUUUCCAUGUGUGUCUGAGAGCAGGAACAAGGGGAAUGGAGAGAAGUUUCAUUUAUUUUCUAUUUAUCAUUAUAGAAAGCUGUUACAUAUAUAUAUAUAUAUAUAUAUAUAUAUAUUUAUUUAUUCACACACACAUAAUACAUAUCCACAUACAUGCAUAUAUAUAUAU